GAAUAUAUAUACCCACCGCGGUUCACGCCAUGCAUCACAUCGCUGAAAGCUACAGUUUUGAUUGAGGCCCCGUCCGACAACAGGGCAGAAAUGGCCUCGUUCACGCCAACAUUGUUGGUGCUGUACCUGACAGCAGGAUAUGUUGCAGCUUUCCCUUUUUACCCACCCAUGGGUGGCUUUACCGAUCUGAACCCUAAAAGUCAAGACGUCAAAGAUGUGCUGGAUGAAUUUAUUGAGAAGACAAAUGAAGAAUCUGAAAACCCAAACUGGGAGAAGAUAGACACGAUCUUCAAAGUGAAGAGAGAGUUCAUCUAUGAAAUUCACUACAAGGCCACAGUCAGAUGGCGUGAGACAGAAUGCCCGAAAACCAAAGCGACAACUUAUUGUGCCACCUACAAUAAAACAAAUGUUGGCAAGUCCUACAUCUGCGACCUGGAUAUCAUCUUGAUGCCAUGGAAAAACUAUUUCUCAUUUUCCAAGUCCUGCUAUUAAACGCGCUUAGUAUGGUAACUCAUGAGACAGCAUCAUUAGCCUGGGCUGCUCACUGCGUCAUCACUGCUCAUUUUACUGGAAGAGGUCUCCCUUGAAAUAGACUCCUGCUCUCAAUGGGUUCAUACCUGGUGUAAAGGUCUACUACUUUACUAUAUUAGUUUAUACAUGCUAGUUGCACGUGCUCUUUGAAGUCUUCCAUGCCAGACCAAUAGUUCAAUUUACUAUAACUGGGCGACCAGCUACAGUAUGCCAAAUUGUUCCAUACUGACACAACAUUACCUCGGGGACUUAAAGAAGAAUCUUUAAAACAAUUAAAAGAAGAGGAAGAGUAAUACAAGUUUGAAUUGAAAUUAACUGAGCAAACCAACAAAUCUGCCGACCCAGCAAAGCUGCUCUGUCCUCUUUGCAAUCCAUUGGACGAAAGUAAUGACUGUGUAGAUGUCUGUGACUACAGGUCAUUCUCCACAUGCAUAGUAUGACCAAACCGAAAGAAUAUCUAAGUCAACCCCCUGCGAAACCUCCAAGUGACUUCUUGACCGGAGAACGAUACAGAUAAGCAAACCAUUGCGAUUAGUCUGCAAGAUGUUUGUUUUUUUGUAUUUCACCAACGAUUAAUUCCUCAUGAAAUUAGGGAAUAGAGACGAUGCAAUGAAAUUAAUUCUGAGAAUGUGCAAUAAAAAUGUACUCCAAGCGUUAAAGAGUGAACAGAAAGCCAGAUACGUUAAGAUCAAUUGUGAGUUUUAAAAAAAUAUUAUUUGGCAUAACCAAGGGAGUUCAGUGUGUUUUAAAAAAUACAAUUUUCAUUAAAUUAACUAUUAUAGCUGGGUCUGGCAUUUUGAUUAAAUCACUAUUUAUACCUAGCCAGCCUAAAAGCAUGGUUUUGUGCUAGUUGUAAUGUGGUUUUAAUGACAAAUGACCUACCACAUAUGAUUUUCCUUGUGUUACUGAGGAUUAGCAGUGACGGACAAGGUGACAUUUUAGGCGAUGGAUGUUAAGCUAUGAAGGAGGCUCAUUGUCUGAAACAUUGCAGAUUACUGAUAUUACAAAAAAACACACAUACCCAUAUAUUUGUUCAAGAAAAAAAUCGACACGUUAAUGAACGCCGCUCUAAAGACGAAAAUAUGUAAUAGGCGACGUUUAAGACCAAAAGCAUUAUGCUAAGCAUAUACAAUAUAUAUCGAAUAUAUGGGUGUGUUAAGUUUUAUGUAAAUUGUUUGUGAAAUUGUUGCAAUUGUUGUAGCAAGCCAUGCACUAAACAAAGCUAGAAUGUCCAUGCAUCGUGUAGGAAUUAGGUGUGUAUAUGUACAAAUUUUGUUCUUUCUAUACAGUACUGUAAAUGUUUAUGGGGGGAAAUGUGAAGCAAAAAUUUACUAAUACACUUAUGACACAACGCUCAACAUUCACAUACAUGCAUUUUUACAAAAUAAAUCUGAAAAUACAAAAA